GUUAAAAAUGUACAUCGUUGAGAGUUAGAGAGAGCGUAAAAAGAUCAUUACCAAUUUUCAGUCACAGGUUAUCAACACAAUGGUCAAAACUCUGAAGCUCGAUGCAUCGUCGAUAGAAUACGCGAUUCUUCCUACUCACGUAAAAGAUGACGUGCCGGAUAGAAUAUCAAUCAUGCUGAUCCAGGAAGAAAACGAAUAUAGUUGCUUUGACUAUUUAGCGGCUAACGAGGYUACACUGAAACAGGUCGCGAAACCGGUAGACGAAGAUUGUCGGGUGAAGAUGUGCGAAUGGUGCUACCAGGUCGUUGAUUUUUGCAAGUUUCGUCGCGAAACUGUGGGUAUAGGAAUGUCAUACGUGGACCGGUAUAUGUGCUCAAGCAAAGGGAAGAAGGCACUCGGAGAUCGGAAAGAGUAUCAGCUGGUGGCAAUGACAUGCCUUUACAUUGCAAUCAAGUUACACGAACCUCUUGAAAUGGAAACAUCGCUCUUGGCAGAUCUUAGUCGAGGGUGUUACACAGAAAUGGAAUUUGCUAACAUGGAACAGGACAUUCUCGAGGCCAUAGAUUGGAGAGUAAGCGGUCCAACGCCUCUGGCUUUUGUUCUACAUUAUUUGGCGUUUCUCCCGGAAAUCGUCCCUUCUUCGGUAGUGGAAGCUAUUUUCGACUACGCCCGCUAUCAGACAGAACUAGGCAUUGCCGAUCACUGCUUUGUCAAAUCAAAACCGUCAGUCGUUGGGAUGGCCGCCCUCUUGAACGCAUUAGAAGGCAUGGAUACAGAUUUAUUGCCGGAACGAGUUCAAGAUCUAUUGAUAAGGACUAUCGUCAUAUACACAAGUAUAGAUCUGGAAGAGGUUGAAAAAGUACAAAUUCGCUUGAGCACAAUCCUCUUGACCUCGUUGGACGAAAGCGAUGCAUGUAAAUACGAAAGACUAGUAGAAGACACGGAUGCAGACGAAGAAAGCAUUAGUCUUUCAGAAGAAGAUUAUGCAGACGACGUGGAAAGCGAAGAUUCAGAAAGCGACGAGGAAACCAGCGACGAAGACUGUGACGAUGAUGAAGGAGAAAAGCGCAUUCCUCCCCCGUCAACGAGUCACAGAAGCCCAACUUCUGUGAUGAAGAAGUCUAGGACGAGAACAUAGAGGGCAUAGAAUAUAAUAACAAAGUUCCAUAAUUUACUUUGAACGACCAUGGUAAUGCCCACCCGGUGUUUCCCAUCCGAGGUAUGUUGUUUGUGAAAUCGUUGUCACCCACAUGCAAUGUGGCGGCUUUCUCGAAUUGUGAUCCUCUAUCACCUCUCUAUUCGUUUGAGAAGUCAUCCCUAGGCACAAACAUAAUUGUUUUCUUAAAUUCAAAGUGCUCAAUUUAUUGAUUUAGGAUGACUCGCCCCUGACUUGCAAAUAGAAUUGUAGUAUGAUA